AUGUUCUGUUGCUUUUGGGGACUUCUACUUGCCCCCCGACGCGUGGCAGUUCCUGUGGAUCGAUUGCGCGAGCUGUUUCUGCGGUGCGGAUUACGCAAUGUUGUGGAAAAUAAUGCGGCGCAGUUUGGCGACCGUGCUGUGCUGCAGGCGUUCAUGCCACUGUUCACACCUCAUUUUACGAUAGAGAAUCACCACUUCACGAUGCUGGGCGACAUAGCUAUUGACGAUUUCCUUUCCACAGAGGUGCUGCAGUACGCGAUGCACGCGGGUUUAGUACUAACAGCGAAUGCUUGCAAGCAACUGAACGCAGUGUUGCAUAAUCACUUUACACUUCGUCUUUUCGCUAAAGAUCUCCAUUUCGACGAACUAGCUGUUCCCCUCGGCGUCAAUGACCUUGCGAGAGAUCAGGAUAAUGAGUCGGUGGGGACAGCAAAACUUGAGUUUCUUACUCCCAAACACGUGGGGCUGCGCGGUCGUGACACAUUGGGCACAUCAUUCCACAUGACACCCCUUCGUUGUGGCCAAAGCCCACUUGGUUGGGUUUUCUCGCACUUCGUUGGGGCCGUGCACCACCACUUAGGGCGAGACGCAACCCGGGAACUGCUGUUGCAUGUGUAUGGCAACCGGCUUAAUACGGGUCUCCCAAAUGCUGCCACUAAACUUCUCCUGAGGACACUGCAGCAUUUUCCACCAAUGAACGUUGCGGAGGCUAUUCUCGCCGCUCAAGGACUGCAGGCGCAGUUUGUCUCAAGGACGAGAAGUCUCUCAGCGGGGUGCUGCACCCCUCGCGAUGUCGGUAGCGAUUCCAACAGCAACGGCCAAGGUGGUGGCGGGAGUUGUAAUGAUGAUGAUGUACAUGUAAAAGACGGGAGUGCCGCUAACGGUGAUGUGGUUCUUUGCUCAGGUUUCGGGAUAAGUAAUCCUGCGACUGACACACUAACAAUUGACGAGUUAGUGGAAAGAGGUGAUGAGGGAAAUACCUCUGGGAACGUUAAAGACAUUCUCUCAUCAAUAGCAACCGGGCCCAGGGGCUUAGAUGCCGUCGAUAUGUGGAAACAGCGUGUGGAACGGGAGAAAAAGUUUCUGCAGACGGCAGGUGUUGAUGAUCAUGGCGGUGUAAAUGAUGGAAGCGGUUGGCUACCGUCAGAUGAAUGGGAACAGUGCAAGCGCGGUGCUGCAUCCCGUAAUUCGGUUGACUUUUCCACUGUGGCCAAUUACUUUGCCGAUUCCUACGGGCAGAAGCAGCCUGUGAACGGGCAGAAAAUUGCGCGGCUGAAAUUCAAGGAUCCUGUGCGUGACCCUGUUUUUUAUGAUACACAGUCUGACAUGCGGAACGGUGUUCCCCUAUCCACAGAUGGUGAGCCAGUGAGUAGCUAUCUUGACGGGCUCAACCAACCGCACGCAAGACUUUUCGAAGUGUCCCUUGUUGUCGGUGGGCGUGCGGCUGGAAGGGCAAUUUCAUGGCGGUACACAAGCGCCCGGGAGUCGGCGUGCAAGGCGUUUUUGGGUGCUGUGCUUCAUGAUUUACAACUCAUGAGAGAACGUAGUUGUAGCGGCAAUAAGAGCGAUGAUAAUGAUGAGAGCCCCCACACGAAUGUGUGA